CAAAUUAGAGCAAGAAAAUAUUAAAAUGGCGGAAGUUGAUUCAGCCUUUGACUUUCUCCAUAACGAAAUAGUGAACUACACUCAUCGGGAAAGGCAAGGAAAGUUUAUUGAGAACGAUGCAGUACAAACCCUAGACCGCAUGGGAUUUAAUGUAGGGCAGAGACUUGUAGAGAGAUUUACAAAGGAUUCUCCCAGGUUUAAAGAUGAAUUAGAUAUUAUGAAGUUUGUUUGUAAAGAUUUCUGGACAGCAUUGUUUAAGAAACAAAUAGACAAUCUGAGGACUAAUCAUCAGGGAGUUUAUGUUCUCCAAGAUAACCAAUUCAGAUUGCUUACCCAAAUAUCCAAUGGAAAACAGUAUACAGAAUCUGCUCCUAAGUACCUGGCAUUCUCAUGUGGAAUGAUCAGAGGUGGAUUAGCAAACCUUGGUAUCAGUUGUUCAGUUACGGCAGACAUAUUACCAUUACCAGCAUGUCGAUUCCAAAUAGUCAUACAAAAAACUUGACCAGGAAGACCAACAGGUACCAUCAAACAACUUUACAUACAGUACAUUUAUAUACAGCACCUGAAGUUAGCAGCAAAAAUAGGACCGUAUUCGUGAUGAGACAAAAUAAUAUCAAGCUAAUUAGCUGAUUGUAAAAUACAUUGAUAACCAAUUGUCAGCCAAGAGGUUUUUCCAGAACUCCACAUGAGGUGGGCAACAGAUGCAAAAAUAGACAGAAUCCCUGCUUGGUGUUGAUCCACAUUAUAGAUCCAUCCCUUCGGCAUUACAAAUGUCUGUAUUUGAUAUUACUGGGUGUUUGUAGUCAGAUUCAGUAUUGUCCCAUCCUGAAGCCUUUCUUACUGAUUCGCUUGAAAGAUGCUGUGGAGAAAAUAUUGGAUGGGUCAUUAUUGUUACUUGUGUACAGCUCCUGUCAUCCCUCCCUGGGGGAGGGGAGGGGACGGAGAUAGGAUUCAACGGGCUAUUAUUCUAGCAAUAAAAAUCUUUAAAAUCUU